AUGUCGCUUCCGGGUCUCGAGCUAACGCAGCCCUCGGAGGAGAGGUCACAGGCACCUGCACCACCAUCACAGAUUAGCCUGAACCCCGGCUCGGAGUGGCGGUUUGAGGUCGCCUUUGGACAUAUUAUCAAAGUAAAGCUUCUUAAUGGAACCGCCGAACUCUUCGGCACAGAGCUUGCCGAAUCACAAACAUACACAUUCACGGGCACAAAGGCGGCAAUCUUCACAUGGCAUGGCUGUGCACUUGAGAUCACCGCAGUUGAGACGGCAUCAACCACAUCCGACGGAGUCACACCGACAGCGGGUAACGGCGCAGGAGGUUGCCAAAGCGAAUACACGGCGGAGGAGACGCCAAUGACAAUGCGCGAAGAAGCCCAGUCAAUAGGCAAGGACGGCCCACGCGUGCUCCUUCUGGGUCCUGAAAACACGGGAAAAACCAGUUUGGCUAAGAUAUUGACCGCAUAUGCGACGAAGAUCGGCCGUCAACCGUUGGUCGUGAACCUCGAUCCUACGGAAGGUAUGCUUGGCGUCCCUGGCACACUGACCGCGACUGCGUUCCGUACCAUCUUGGAUGUCGAAGACGGCUGGGGAAGCAGUCCCAUGUCGGGGCCCAGCCCUGUGCCUGUCAAGCUGCCGCUUGUGUACAGCUAUCCGAUGCAAAGCCCGCUGGAUGGUGAAGGCACCGUGUACCGACCAGUCGUCUCGCGCCUAGCACUGUCGGUGACGGGCCGGAUGGCCGAAGACGAGGACGCGCGCGAAACAGGAAUCAUUGUCGAUACGCCCGGAAUCCUUAGCACAGAUAAGCCCGGCACUAUGGAACUCAUCAACCACAUUGUUACGGAGUUCUCGAUUACAACAAUCCUAGUAUUGGGUUCGGAGCGCCUGUACAGCACCGUUGCCAAACAAUAUGACAACAAGCCCAGCUCCAGCGCAACAGCCGCUGUCUUUGACGAGCACAUUUCCGUCGUCAAGCUUUCUAAAUCGGGUGGUUGUGUUGACCGCGAUGAUGCCUUCCGCAAGGCAACACGGGAGUCCCAAAUCCGCUCCUACUUCUUCGGCAAUCCCAUCCCCUCCUCGUCACCCUCUUCCGCCAUCACCCUCUCUCCCCACGCACAACAACUUGACUUCGCUUCCCUCCCUGUAUACAACUACACCGUCUCCUCCGCAGACGACGAAGACGAAGACGAAUACGACCCCUCCCAGCUGGGAACAGGCGCCUCCUUCCUCCCCGGCGGCGACGGCAUGGAUGACUACGCGUCAGAAACAAAGCAAGAGCCAGACCGGGCUGCUCCGCUACCUGGUGUCGUGGGCUCAUUCUCAGAGCCCGCUGACAAUGUGAACCCUAAUGCCAACGCCGGCAGCAGCAGCAGCGUUCCGUUGAAGAAAGUGCUUCCGCCCCCUCCCUCUGCUCUGGCAAAUACCCUCCUUGCAAUCACCCAUGCACCUGCCACAGCAUCCCCCGCUGAAGUCCGUGACGCGAGCAUCAUGGGCUUCCUGUAUGUUGCCGACGUCGACGUGGAUAAGGGAAAGAUCCGUGUGCUUGCGCCUGUUGGCGGGAGAAUGCCUCCACGCGCCAUCAUAUGGGCGAAGCGGUGGCCUGGGGAGUUGGUGGGGUUGGUGGGUUAG